AGUGAUUUUGGUUCGAUGCAUAUUUGUUGAUCAAGCGAACCCCAUCCCAGCCAGUUGAUGACCAUGACCUCGAUGCCAUGCGGGCGCGCCUGAUCCAUUUCUGCAAGUCAAAGUAGCCGGAUGGCGCGUCGGACGCAAGAGGUGGUGCUGGAGCUGAGUGCGGGCCGGCACGCGUUGACUUCUGCCAUCGCCAGAGCUGGUGAAACAUGUACUUCUGCCAUCGCCAGAGCAGGCGAGACAUGUUACGCGGCGUUUGGAGCGUUGGGGUGCUGCUCGCUGGAGUGCAAGUGCGCCUCGGACACUGAGUGCAUCACGUGCUGCCAGGGCGUGGAGGCUGUCAAUGAGGUGCACGAGCUGCCCGAUGUCGCCGUCGGCUGGGCGGUGCCAGGCAGAGCGGGCCGAGAUAGACUGCCCUCUGGCAACAGCUCGCAGGGUACCGAGGGCUCGCUGGAUGGAUCGAGGCCGAGGGCGGCCAGUGAUCCUCGAGACAGGACGCAGCGCCAGAUGCGGGCGCGCGCCCUUGGGCAAGAGGCCGGCCUCCCAGAAGCGGUGGUUGCUUCCCUUGUCAGGCGCCAGCGGUGAUUCCGAGGCGGGGAUCUAUCCAUGCCCACCGCCUUGGGGGGUCGCCCUCCGCGGACGUCGGCGAGCGAUGGACAUGUAUGUCCGUAGCCACUGCCCACCCAAACGGCCAGCCCGCGCCCGGCCAGGGCGUGGACCGCGGCCGAGGGCGUGGAGCCCGUGGCGACGGAACGCCUGGGCGCCGCUCCGCGGGGCAGGGGCCCCGAGCGCGCGGGCUCGCGCGGCCCUCGAACGCCGCCCUGCCUCGCCUCAUCCUCCGCCUCCUCAUUCGCCUCCCCCUCCUCAUUCGCCUCCCCCUCCUCC